CCCAAACCCGUCUAGGCUCAAGCCUCGCCAAAAUUUUCAUUCUUAAAAAAAAAAAGAAAAGAGUUCGAGAAAUAAAGAAAGAACUGAGCAUGGAUUCAUCGGAACACGGCUCCAGCUCACCAAAGCAGCGGUUAACUCUCGGCUUUCUUAUUUCAUUCAUGGCUCUAUGCGCCAAGCAAGCCGGCCGCGUUUCUAAAAAGCUCAAGCCUAAACCUAAAGAAAACGGCUUAGCAUCCGACUCUCCGAGAUUCUUCGUGCGGAAACCACUUCUAAAAUCGCCGAGGCCGAAGCAGCUGCUGGCAACGAUUAGCAACAAGGCGAUCACGCUGGUACACCGGAAAAAGCCGGGCGAGGAAAACGGGAAAGAUGUGGGAGAGGAGUUCGGGGAUGGUGGGGUAUGGCAAAAGGCGAUUCUGAUGGGAGAUAAAUGUCAGCCGUUGGAUUUUUCAGGUGUGAUUUAUUACGAUGGCAAAGGAAAUCAACUGGACGAGUUGCCUAUUCGCUCCCCACGUGCCAGUCCAUUGCCUGGUUAUCUCGCUCAGAGAAGGCCUUGAUAGGUGACUUGUUUUAAAGAAACGUUUUGUUUACAAAUCUUUUCUUUCUCUUUUUGGUAUGUAAAACUGUGUUAUGUGUUGCGUUCCUGUUGGUGGGUUAUGGAUUGAGGUUGGGGGUUACAGGUGACGUUAUCCUUUUUCUAAGGAAAUAGCCCGCCCCGGCAACCUUGAAUCUGUGGGUUGAUUUUACGUGUGGUUUUUUCUCUUUCGUCUUAAAAGUAUAUGUACAAAGUUUUAGAAAAAAAUUGCUUUGUAGAACUUUUAAUAAGAUUAUAUUUCCUUGAGUUUAAUGGAAA